GUAUCUAUCUCUUUCAGUGAGUUAUAUUGACAAGUGCGUAUGGACUGACAAGGCCUGUCUCCUCACCUCUGGUAAUAAAGUCGUACCACACUUUGUCGAGGGCAUAAAAGAACUCAACACACCCUCCGUUGAUCCAUUAUUCAUCAAGAAAGCAGUAGCUGAUUCAGGCACCCUUAAGCUGAAGUUCGAAGACUUGACUGUGGUGGGCUUGAAAAAAGCUGUUUUGAAGAAAGUAGAAGCUAACAACGAUAAAACUGUGCUGACUGUAGUAAUUGAGACUCCAAUCGAAGUUAAGGGGGUUUACACUGCAGGAGGUUCUCUCCUUAGCGUACCUGUCGAGGGACAUGGUCAGACGGAGAUGAAAACUGAAAAAGUGAAGCUCACAGUGAAAGCUAAUCUGCAGAAAUUCAAUAAGAAUGGCGCCGAACACUACAAAAUUGCAACAUACGAUUUGAAAUUCAACUUUAUUGAGCAAUUAUUCAUUGAAUUCCACAAUCUGUUCAACGGAGAUAAUACCAAAGCUGAUCCUAUCCGUGCGAUCAUCCGUGAGAGUUGGAGGGAUCUGGUGCCCGAAAUUGGUAAACCCAUCAUCAAGGAGCUUGCGGACAUCGUGAUCGCUGCAAUGAACAAGUUCCUGGCAGGGCUACCCAUUGAUGAACUGGAAAUCAUUGCAUAAAAGCACUGGAAAAAUUAUUCGUUUAAAAAUUAUAAACGUUGCUAUUUCACAGAUUAUAUAGUUGCAUAUUUUUGUUGUAAU